AUGUCGGAUGAGAAGUAUAAAAGAGACGAAUUCACAAUUCGAUGUCAGUCGGCGAACCUCCGAAAUUGCUACGAACAGAAAAAAGCUCAAAAAGUUGAAUAAUUUAAAAAACUAAUAAACAUCACAUCGUUUGUUUUCUCAGUUCGUCCAUCAUGCGUUCUACGCUCGUCUUUUUUGCGGUUCUAGCCGUAUCAGCAGUAACGUGCAACAUUGUUGACCCGUACGCCCAUAAACAAUGUCAAUCGCGAGGGCAUUUGGGAUAUUGCAACUCAGGACCAGGCUUCCACAUGGAUAAGAUAUGCGCGGAUUUGAAAUGUGCGACGAAGACAAAAUCGGGCUAUCGAUAUUUGUCAGAAUCUAUUGGACCGGCAGCCUUUGGAACCAAAUGUGGCCUCAACCACAUUUGUAACGAAAAUCACGAGUGCGUACCUACGCCAGCCGAAGUCGACCCUUUUGCUCGAUCCUACAAUGCCUUCGGAAGGAAUGAAAUAUGCAAAGGUUUCAAACUUGUGAAUAAUGAUGAGCAUGGAUAUCGAUUCACGUCAAAAUCUGAUGGACCGGCUCCCGUGGGAACCAAAUGCGGAUCCGACCAUGUUUGUAACGCACAACACAAAUGUGUGCCAACGCCAGUCAAAGACCGUCCUCGUCGUUAUAUCUGCAAACCCUAUCAGUAAAAACUAUUUGCAAAACUUAAUUAGUGUAUUUUUUGUCUCAGCUGCCAAUUAAAUGAACGAUAAAUUUAUUUGGAUGUGAUAAAAAAUUAUACAGUUUCCCAGCAAUCACGAAUUCGUUCUUAUUUCAAAAGUUCUCGAAACUUACCACUGCUCGAUAGGAUUAAAGUAUGAAAAAUCUUCAGUUCGUCAUCCUGAUAAACUUAAAACGAUUAAUUAAGGCGUAAGUUGUCCGAGUAGAAAUUUGUUUCCCAAUAACAAAAAAAAAUGUCAGAAUCAUUUUGCGUUCUCACUGACUUUUCAACUUGCUUAAAAAUCUAUCGACUCUGAAAAAACCAAACUAUUAUUUAAAAGUGAAAUUUUGAAAAUAUUCUGCGCAAUUGUUACAACAAUUCAUUGUGAUUAGAACCCUGAUUUUUUCAUAUUUAUGUGACGUUAAAUAAAUCUACUUCCAUCGAUA